GUAUCCACGCGUUCCCAUCAACCACCCCGAAAUCUUAUAACCGGGUCACUAAUCCGGGUCAUUCCUAUUUCAUAUCGAACCGCCCAGUCCCGGCUCACCCUUCCAUAUAAAAAACCCACUAAAUUUCUCAUUUCUAAAAUCUUACAUUUUAUAGUUCCUGCUGUAUUUUUAUGGCACCCAUGAAGGGCAUUCUUUAUCUGCAACGGGCUGCUCUAUUGAGGCGUCAAAAUGGGAAUUGGGGAAUAGGUGCUAGAUUGUUCAGCACUCAGUCUGCAACUACUGGUAAUACUGCUCAACCACCACCACCUCCCCCGCCUCCCGAGAAAACUCACUUUGGUGGCUUGAAAGAUGAAGAUCGUAUUUUUACCAACCUGUAUGGUAUUCAUGACCCAUUUCUUAAAGGGGCCAUGAAACGUGGUGAUUGGCAUAGAACGAAAGACUUGGUGCUCAAGGGUACUGAUUGGAUUGUAAGUGAAAUGAAAAGGUCAGGCCUACGUGGACGUGGUGGUGCUGGGUUUCCAUCUGGUCUUAAAUGGUCGUUUAUGCCUAAGGUAUCCGAUGGUCGUCCAUCGUAUCUUGUUGUUAACGCAGAUGAAAGUGAACCUGGAACCUGCAAGGAUCGUGAAAUCAUGCGUAAUGAUCCACACAAACUGUUAGAAGGGUGCCUGAUUGCUGGAGUAGGUAUGAGAGCGACUGCUGCUUAUAUCUACAUUAGAGGUGAAUAUGUGAAUGAACGCCUUAACCUUGAAAAGGCUAGGAAAGAAGCCUAUGCUGCUGGUUUACUUGGGAAAAAUGCUUGUGGUUCGGGAUACGAUUUUGAUGUACAUAUUCACUUUGGUGCUGGUGCUUACAUUUGUGGUGAGGAGACGGCGCUGUUGGAGAGCCUCGAGGGUAAGCAAGGAAAACCUAGAUUGAAGCCUCCUUUCCCAGCUAAUGCGGGUCUGUAUGGAUGUCCCACAACUGUUACAAAUGUGGAAACAGUAGCGGUGUCACCUACUAUUUUAAGGCGUGGCCCUGAAUGGUUCUCUAGUUUUGGGAGAAAGAACAAUUCCGGGACGAAACUAUUUUGCAUAUCUGGUCAUGUUAAUAAGCCAUGCACAGUAGAAGAGGAGAUGAGUAUACCAUUGAAGGAGCUGUUAGAGAGACAUUGUGGUGGUGUUAGAGGUGGAUGGGACAAUUUGCUAGCAGUAAUUCCCGGAGGUUCGUCUGUACCAUUGCUUCCAAAGGACGUAUGUGAGGAUGUGCUGAUGGAUUUUGAUGCACUUAAAGCUGUUCAGUCUGGACUAGGAACUGCAGCUGUUAUUGUAAUGGAUAAGUCGACUGAUGUCGUGGAUGCUAUUGCAAGGCUUUCUUACUUCUACAAGCAUGAGAGUUGUGGUCAGUGCACUCCUUGCAGGGAGGGUACUGGAUGGCUUUGGAUGAUCAUGGAACGGAUGAAGGUUGGAAACGCAAAGUUGGAGGAGAUUGAUAUGCUCCAAGAAGUGACAAAGCAGAUUGAAGGACACACAAUUUGUGCCCUCGGUGAUGCUGCUGCUUGGCCUGUUCAAGGUCUUAUCAGGCAUUUUAGGCCGGAGAUGGAGAGGAGGAUCAAGGAGCGAGCUGAUCGAGAGUUGCUUCAGGCUGCUGCUUGAACAAGGCCGAAAGUAUCUUUCCAUGCAUUAUGUGGAAUAAAUAUGCAGAAGUACUCCAAUACCUGGAGGAAAACAGUGAGGCCUUAUGAGCAUCAUGUUAACAGUUUUAAGGUUUGUAUUGAACUACAAGAGAUUGAAAAUAGUACCCUCCUCAUAGAACUGGGGCAACUUCUGUUGUUUCUGUAUGUUUAAGGAUACAAAGACAUCUGAUCUUUAUUAUUAAAUUCCAGCUGGCCAUGUUUUUGGACAUGUUUAUUAUGUUAAUAAAGCCGAAUGCAAUGUUGUAAUGUUAUAAUUCAAAA